GGCGGGCGCGAGGCGGCGGCGGUGGCCCGAACCCAGCCCAGCCUCGUCCGCCCUCGGCCCGCCCGGCCUGACCCCGGCCCCGGCCUGACCCGGAGUGCCGUGGCCUCUCUCCGGCCCGGCCCGGUCGGGAGCCUCCGGAGGGAGCGGCUCCGGCUGCCGAGAGCGCAGGCCCGGCCAUGACCGACUUUAAAUUGGGCAUCGUGCGGCUCGGCCGGGUGGCCGGAAAGACCAAGUACACACUGAUAGAUGAGCAAGACAUACCACUGGUGGAGAGCUACUCUUUUGAGGCUCGAAUGGAAGUAGAUGCCGAUGGAAAUGGUGCUAAGAUAUUUGCAUAUGCCUUCGACAAAAACCGAGGAAGGGGCUCAGGCAGGCUUCUGCAUGAGCUGCUGUGGGAACGACACAGGGGAGGUGUGGCUCCCGGGUUUCAGGUGGUACAUCUCAAUGCUGUGACUGUGGACAAUCGUCUGGACAACUUGCAGUUAAUACCAUGGGGCUGGCGACCCAAAGCUGAAGAGACCUCCAGCAAGCAAAGGGAGCAAAGCUUAUACUGGCUUGCAAUCCAGCAGCUUCCCACGGACCCUAUAGAAGAACAGUUCCCUGUCCUGAAUGUGACCCGGUACUAUAAUGCCAAUGGAGAUGUGGUGGAAGAGGAAGAGAAUUCCUGUACCUACUAUGAGUGUCACUAUCCUCCUUGUACAGUGAUUGAGAAGCAGCUUCGGGAGUUCAGUAUCUGUGGGCGUUGCCAGGUGGCUCGAUAUUGUGGCUCUCAGUGCCAGCAGAAGGACUGGCCUGCCCACAAGAAGCACUGUCGGGAGAGGAAGCGUCCUUUUCAGCAUGAGCUUGAGCCAGAGCGAUGACGGGCUGAAGAGCUGCCACUGCUGCAGGUUCAAGGUUUCCAGCUCGUAAUGAGCACAGUGGAAGAUAGACUGGCAGUUGAACCUGGAGGUGCCAAAGAAGCCAGCAAUGGAUCCAGAGCAGCUGCCAUAAGACCUCACAGCAACAUGAAGCCUGUGGGGACAGUGCCCCUCCAGUGUUCACCCCCAGCAGAGACAACGGGAGGCUCCCUAGGACCUUUCUCAUUAUUUAUAUGUUAAUAUGUU